AAAUAGUCAUCACUCCUUCACCGUCUGAAAAUCUCUCAAAUUCCCACAAAGUUGCCUCUUCAUCAUCUUCUUCUUCUCUCUGCUACAAUGGCUGUGAAACUUAACAGUAGUCCUUUCAAGGUGGAAGAAAAAAGCAACCCAAUGCCUCAAGAUACUGCAAACCUUAGCAACAAGAUCAGCUCCUGCUCAUCAGUUGUUGUUGGGCUUAGAAUCCUCACCCAGACUUCACUGGUCAAAUCUAAUGCCGUGGUAGUUAAACCCGCAUUCAAAAUCAGCCUUCCCGGCUCUCUAAACCAUCACCGUCUCCGGUCGCCGGCCGAUGAUUCUUGCUUUCUCAAAUCAUGUCAUUUAUGCUGCAAGAACUUGAGCCUCGAUAAAGAAGUUUACAUGUACAGGGGUGAUCAAGGCUUCUGCAGCAUAAAGUGUAGGGAAAAGCAAAUUGUGAUGGAUGAAAUGAGGGAACUGGAACAGUCUACUAAACAAAUGAUUGCUAAAGCGGGUCAUUAUAGGCAUUGUAGUGCCGCCGCCUCCGGCCGGCGAGAGGUCCAUCUCCUCCUAGAGGAUCUUCGCCGAAGAAACCAAUCAUCACCUCAUGAAAGCCAAACGCACUGGGCAAUUGUUUCAUAGAAUCAUAAUUCUUUUAAGUACAUAUAUACCAUAAAUUGGUAACUUCAAUUACAUUUUCGAGUAAAUUAAAGGGUGUCAUGUAAUGGAUUUUUGUUAGCAUGCCUUGGGAGAUUUCGUACCUAUAAAUUAAAGAGAAGAAAUAUAUAUAUUUUUUUUAUUCAA